AUGCAGAAUACAGCUCCACUUGUGUUUCAAGGAGAAGCCGGUGGUGCCACUUCUGGGCCCAUCUGCAGCCUCGUAGACACUCUUCCACCUCUGGUUUCCCUGUACUGUCACAGCAUCCCAGUUCAUGUGCAAGACUUUUCCUUUCUCAUCAAAAGCCUCUGCUCAGUGCUCUGCAGCAGUCUGUCAGCUCUUUGGCCUGGCCUCUAUCAGGAGAUUUGUCCGAUCACUCAUGAAUGUAACUUCCCAAGCAACAGAAAUGCUAGCUCGCCUGGCACUGUGGUUGUUAAAAGGCACAAGGGCACUGUGGCUUCACUUUUUUGCUGGAUCCCAAGAGAUGCACAUGUUGCUGAAGGAAUGCGGCAGAGAUACCAAAAUUACGUUUUCAGAAUCGUCAUCUUGGGAUAG